AUGGCAAGCUGUGGACAAAGCUGUAGUAGCAGUGAUGUGGUUGACUGUGUGGUCAUUAACAAAACAGUGCAGCAUAUAAUCCCAGAAAUUAUCGCUGCAAUCAAGGAUGAGAUCAAGACAUUUAAUUAUUACCUGAAGGACUUAUCUGGUGAUGGCGUAGUUUACAGUUAUCCUGAUCGGAUAUUGCACAAACCGUUUCUGAGGCUGUCUAAUGGAGAGAUACCUCCUCCGAACUCUGAUGCGAUUCUUAGAACACAGAGAAAAGAACACAAUUUGAGUGAUGUUCGUGCUACUUCUGGUAAAAAAUGGUUGAAGAAGGAGUUAAUUUCCUUGAUCAAAUCUGUCUCUAAAUGUGUUCGUAAUCGCCAGAUUCAGAUUUUAGAAGACAGACGAGAACUUUUGUUAAAAAAGGUCUCCAAGACAUGUAAGGAGCAACCAAGCUCUGAAGCAUGUCUAAGCGAUUCUUUAUCCUGUGUGGAAUCUCGCCAAUCUCUUCUGGCUGAACUUCAAGAUUGUGAAUCAAAAUUAUACCAGACUCAUCUUAUGUCUUCGACACCUCCGAGACGGUUGAUUUCAACCUUAGCAAGUAUGGCAUCAAAUGACUCUGGUGAAUAUGUCUCUCAAGAUGUCUUUUGGAAGAAUUAUGGUCAUAAAUUGAAUAGUAAAAGUUCUUACAGCCAGUCUGUCCGAAAUUGGUAUGAAUUACUUUCAUCAGCUGAUAGCAUUAUCUCUUUAACUGAUUGGACUGAAAUAUCAAAUUUAGAGAGUAGAACUCGUAUUAAUGAUGUCAAUGCUCGAUUAACAUGGAUUCAUCGUUUACAACCCAAUAUUAAUCGUUCUAAAUGGUCAGCUGAAGAAGACAAGCGAUUGAUGGAAUUAGUGGAAGAAUUUGGUGAACAUGGUCGUUGGGAAGAAAUAUCCAAAGUUUUAAACACCAAUCGUACUGCUUUCAUAUGUUGUCAACGUUGGCAAACUGUUUUGAAUCCUAAUUUUCACAUGUAUCGUCCAUGGUCCACUUCAGAGGAUACCGAGUUAAUCGAUAUCUUAAAAAAAUUACUUCAAUUCUAUUCGCCCGGUUUAAUGGAUUGGGAUAUUGUGUCUGCUCACCAUUCAACCCGAUCAGCUAAUGAAUGUCGUUCACGUGCACCAAUAAUUUGUUCAGCAUUUCAAAAUAUUAAUCCAAAAGUACAGAGAGUUUUAGAUCCAAACAUCGGUCAAAGCAUCAACCCUCAGGUAUUUCCUGUAUACCGUCCAUUUUCUCUUGCUGAAGAUUUACAACUCUUAAUGGCCGUUCAACGGUAUGGUAUUGCUGGUGGACGUGUUGGUCAUGGAGGAGGUAUAGGUAUAGGUUCUUGGGCAUUAGUCACUACUGCUUUGCCUGGUCGAAGUGCAUCCUCUUGUCGAAAAAGAUACUUAGAACUGUGUGAGCAAUUUCAACCUUGGACAUGUUAUGAAGACCACAAUUUAUAUCAUUUAGUUCUUAGUUAUGGACCAUAUGCUCCCAUGGGAUGCUGGAGAACAGGCCCGAGUCUACAAAUUUUCACUAAUCUUCUCCCAUAUUUUCCUGGACGUUCGGCUCAUUCUCUUCAAUCACGUUUUAAAACACUUAGAAGAUGGGCAGUAUUAUGGUAUAAUUUACGUGAACAAAUAACUGGAGGACUAGAAGAUUCAUUCAAUUGUAAUUCUUUAUCACCGUUGGAACAGAAUAUUUUAUUGUAUUCACCUUUUGCUACACAAUUUGUAGCUCAGUUGAAAAAUGCUGGUGUUCCUGAUCCUGAAACAGAAGCUUACAGAAUAUUAACCACAUGGAAAAUUCCCAAAGACCCUGUCAAGUCACCUAGCUACAUUUGGUCACAUAAAGAUUGGAAGCCUAAUCCAGUUGAUGCAGAUUUUAUGCAGUUUUUGGAUGAUUUAGUUUCUGGUAUUUUAAUUCAACAACAUAUUACAACAAAUAAUAAUACGAACGAAACAUGUAUUGCUCCACACUCAAAUCAACUGAAUAAUUCUGAUGAACAAGGAGUAUGCAAUGAAGCUAAUGAAACACGAAUAAAUUCAACUUCUGAAAUUUCAGAACAAAAUACAGCAUUCAAACAACUUACAUUCUCAGAAUCCAAAUGGAUUAUACACCAGACUCAGAUAAAACAUGUCAUAGUCGGUCCUGUACGCAGAUACCUUACUACAAUGGCUGGAGCUCGUGUAAUGAAUUCUGCGCACCAAUCAUCAUCCGUACUCAUGCAUCAUCGUAAUUUAACUGCUGGUCAUAAUUCAGUACAUGUAACUCAUAGUCGUAAAGGGAAUCGAGCUUCAUUAUUAUUACGUAAAGAUCAUUUAUUUUGGAUGACACUUGAUCAAGUGAUGCGUGAUCCAAAAGUGAAAUCAACUUUGCAACAAAUAAAUAAAAUAUCUAUGUUAAGAACUUCAGCUCCUUUCAUUGCUCGUCAAAUGGUGUUGCGUCUCAGUCAUAAAUCAUUUACUCAAACUGUUUGUCAAAAGCAAAAAGGUUAUAAAACAACUUAUACUAAUUUACGUAUUCGAAAAAGAGGACAUUGUAAAAGAACUUUAAGAGGAAGGAAAUUUGAUAAACAUUCUAAACAAAAUGACUUGGAAACUUGUCAUGAUCAAACACAAAUAUCAAUAGCUGAAGAUAUUACAUCAUCUAAAGACAAUCUAAGCAGUUCGACGUCUACUUCCUCAAUGAUAUUGUGUACUGACGAGACAAUUACGACUGCUGAGGCCACAAUUACUAGCAGUAACAAUACCACCACCGCCACUGUAAACACAACGACAACUGGUGUUAGUGCUACUACUAAAGUAAUUGCUUCCCCUAAUUCUUAUAAUACAACUACUGAUAAAAAUUCGAUCGAGUUAACAGAAAAUAAACGAAAGCUGUUAUUACAAAUUCAUAGUAUUUUGAAAGCUUUCGAAAGGAAAAGAUACAAUUGUUCAAAUUCGUAUGCUUUAGCAACAAAUAUUUGGUCUCGAAGAAUGAAGGUUACAGAGCCAAAUGUUGCCAAUCAGGAACGAUUCAUUCCACCUAUUAUGCGCGACUUACCAUCAAAUAUAGGCAUUCGUUUAUUCCAUCAACCUGAAUUAAUAAGUAAACGUUGUUUGGAAAUCGCACGAUCAUGUUUACAAAAUGGAUUAAAUUUGUAUACAGAUGAGAAAGAAUCAUUGAAAAAAAUAGAUGUUGUUGAUCAGUCAACUGCCUGUACAACAUCGUUAGAUACAAGUGAUUCACAAUUGAUAAAACCUAAAAGAGUACAUAUUCUACCACCAAAUUAUUCUACUAUAUUAGGUUUUAAAAGUCUUCUAAUGCAUUUAUCCACAUUGUUAGAAAAAGAAAGAGGAAAAUUUUCACAAUUUACUGAACUUAGGCGGCUGUUUUGUGCAUAUCCGGGCCAAACUAUUACAGAUGAAGAGUUUGAACGAAAAUUAAGAGAAGUCGAAUCAACUACUAUGUUUGGUCGUCCAAUUUUCAAUGUGGCACGUACACUUUUGUCCUCAAAAUAUACAGACUUUAUUAACAGAUCAUUAGCUCUUCUAUUGUGGCCUGCACUUCUGGCAACCAUACCAGCUAAAUCAUUUAUGGAAGAUGCUCAGCGCCAUUGGCAAGAUGCCUAUGAACAUUCAGUCGCUAAAUAUCCUGAGCAAAAUGAUAAAGAAAUCGCAGAAAUUCAGGAGGAUGACACUAUUGCUCCUGUCAACAGACCUAAACGAAAACGACAAAUACAGGAUUAUUUCAUGAAAAUACCAAAUAAAAGGUUAAAGAAAAAUCAUAAUUACAACGCGUUACUUAAUUUUAUCGGAUCAAGAGUGAAUUGGGCUAAGCGAAUAAAUGGUACUAUGACAUUUACAAUAACCAGUGAAAAUGGUGAAUUACUGCAGAUCACUUUACCUAACGAGAUAAGGAUACUAUAUUCAUGUGGCUUCAAACCUGAUUCAUUUUUAAAUCUUAGAAAAUAG